AUGGCCGAGCAUCCGUCUUUCACAUUGGCAGGCUUGUUGGCCGUCGGAGGAACUGCUGGCUAUCUUCGAACACGCUCAACACCAAGCCUUGUCGCCGGAAUCGGAUUGGGUGCUUCGUACGCUCUUGCUGGUUACCGUAUCAAGCAGAACCAGGAUUACGGCACUGAACUUGCGCUUGGCAACAGCAUCAUGUUGAUGGGCUCUGCGAUACCGCGCAUCAUGAAGACCGGUGGACGCGCGCCUGUGCCGAUUGCUCUGGGUGCGACUGGUGCGCUGGCGACUUACUACUACCAGAAGAAGGUGCGCGAGUUCAGGUAUGGUGUCUGA